CGUAAGUAGUCGAGCAGGUAGAUAAACAAACGCUAGUUAGCUAGCUCUAUCGAUGCUAUAAAGAGACGUGCAACCCAAUUGUACACAAGAGUUGUUCCGCGAGUUGAUUGCGUGUUCAUACUCGGACCACUUGUGUAUAGUAUUUCCAAUGUAAAAAUACAUCAUCCAGAGGCGGCCACCAAGAUUGAGCGCAAGAUACGCAAGGUCGUGGUCUCAACGUUGACGGAGCCAUGAACUACGCUCGGUUUUUGACUGCUGUCAGUGCAGCUCGGAAGCCCUCCGCUAUCCGGAUGUUAACUGAGCUUCAGCUGAGGUCACCCCCCUCUUUGAUCUCCCUGGCUGGAGGAGCGCCCAACCCCAACACUUUCCCCUUCCAGUCCUGCUCCAUCCAGGUGAAGAAUGGGGACACGCUCAUGUUCGACGAGACCAUGAUGAAGAGGGCUCUGCAGUACUCUGCUUCCAGUGGAAUCCCAGAGCUUUUAUCUUGGAUGAAGACCCUUCAGAAGGACCUUCACAAUCCUCCUACAGCCAACUACACUGCUGAGAAUGGCCAAAUGGACAUGUGCGUUACAACUGGCAGCCAAGAGGGCCUCUCCAAGGUGUUUGAAAUGCUUGUGAAUCCCGGAGAUAACGUUCUCAUCGAUGCGCCCACCUAUUCCGGAACCCUCGCUGCACUCCAGCCGUUGGGAUGUAAUCUGGUCAGCGUGCCGAGUGACCAAUACGGAAUGAUCCCAAAGGGGCUGAAGGAGGUGCUGUCCCGCUGGGACCCGGCCGAUGUCCACAAGCCACACAGCACCAUACCCAGGGUCCUCUACACCAUCCCCAACGGUGGAAACCCCACCGGGGCCUCUAUGACCGCCCAGAGGAAGUGGGAGGUCUACGAGCUUGCGAGGCAGUACGACCUGCUCAUUAUUGAGGACGACCCCUAUUACUUCCUGCAGUUUGACAAGCCGUGGGCUCCCACUUUCCUUUCCAUGGACGUCGAUGGGCGGAUCAUCAGGACAGACUCCUUCUCAAAGAUCCUGUCAUCAGGACUGAGGAUAGGCUUUGUAACUGGGCCCAAGCCACUGGUGGACAGAGUGGUACUACACAUCCAGGCUUCUACAAUGCACACCAGCACUUUCACACAGCUUAUGGUGUCGCAGCUGCUGCACCGCUGGGGUCAACAAGGCUUCCUCAACCACAUCGACGAGGUGAUUGAAUUUUACAGAACACAGAGAGACGCCAUGCUCUCCUCAGCAGACAAGUGGCUCAAAGAUGUGGCAGAGUGGCACUCCCCAGCUGCAGGCAUGUUCUUGUGGAUGAAGCUAAAGGGCAUCACAGACAGCCAGCAGUUGAUCAUGGAGAAGGCUCUGGAGAAGGAGGUGCUGCUCGUCCCCGGAGGUGUGUUCAUGAUCAACAGCUCUGACCCUUGUCCUUAUGUCAGAGCUGCUUUCUCCCUCUCCACACCUCAACAGAUUGAUGAGGCUUUCAAGAGGCUCUCUGCCCUCAUCAAGGGAGCUUUGUGAGGAGUACAUCAAGCACAAAAAUAUGAACUAUUUCUCUUGACAGAUAUGUUUCACGACUACCGUACACUAACUCACUCUCGAAUCACAACCACUAACUUAAUUCAAAACAAUAUACGCAUUUUGCCAUCAACAAUGUGUGACACUAUUUACUACCUCUGAUAAAAGUAAAAGUUGAGCCAAGCUUU